GUGACAUUUUUGCAACAAAAACAUUGUCCACAGACUCCACACGUUUGCCAUUGAGUUGAACGCAAUUCAGCACUCAUUUCACACUUCAUUUGAAACCAGAGUUUAAUUCACAUCUAAAUUAUGCCCAAAAAUAAAGGAAAGGGAGGAAAGAACCGAAGAAGGGGUAAGAAUGAGAACGAGACGGAAAAGAGGGAACUGGUGUUCAAAGAGGACGGACAGGAGUACGCACAAGUGAUCAAAAUGUUAGGCAACGGACGUCUGGAAGCGCUGUGUUUUGAUGGCAUUAAACGCUUGUGUCAUAUCAGAGGCAAACUCCGCAAAAAAGUCUGGAUCAACCAGGGUGACAUAAUUCUGGUGGGUCUGCGUGACUAUCAGGACGCGAAGGCCGAUGUGAUCCUGAAGUACAACCCGGAUGAGGCACGCAAUCUGAAGUCGUACGGAGAGCUGCCAGAGUCGGCCAAAAUCAAUGAUACCUCGUACGGAGAGCUGCCAGAGUCGGCCAAAAUCAAUGAUACCGUCACUUUCAAUGACGAGGAGGACGACGACGUCGACAUCGAGUUCGGCGAGGUUUCCGACGACGAGGAGAUCAAUAAUCAUUUGUUAUGA